AUGCGGCACUAUCCAUCAAUCAUACCCGCAACCUGCAACCACCCAGAGUGUGUGACAACACAACAGAAGAUCCUCCAAUCUGACCAGUACACUGGUACCGCACCUCAAAUCGCGUCUCAAGACUAUCCUCUGCCGCAGGACCUUGCGAAUAAUUCUAUGAACCUUUCUUUCCUUCGCACCUGCCGUCAGAUCUACUAUGAAGCCCGACAUAUACCCUAUAUGCGCACUAUUUUUUCACCCAGCAAGUUGGAACUUUCUCCAAAUUUCCAUUUUGCUUGCAUCGCUGGCAAGUUCAAUCGAUACAAUAUCUCAAAAUAA